UGGUAUUUUAUGACAUUUGAGAUAAAUUCUACAUCAACAACGUUAUCAAAUUUUCAAAUUGGACAUAAAGAGGAAAACUAAUGCUAAUCUAAGAAUCCUUAAAUGUCGAAAUCAAAAAUAAAAGUAUGAAUUUAAUGUCAAAUAUCAUGCUUACUAAUAUCCCUAAACGUCAAGUUGGCAAACUAAAGAAAGGAAAUAUUUUGGUAUUUAUGUAUAAAACAUUAAACAUUAGCAUUGCAGCUAACUUUGAUAUUAAAGUAAUACACAAAGAAGUUUAAAUCAUUUGUCAACAUUACAUCCCUAUUUGAUUGAUCAA